AUGUCUGAGUUGAGAGAUGUCAUUAAUUUGGAACCCACACGUGACGAUGUUGUCAGCUGCGUUUCUAAAGGAAAGAGCCAAGUUUUCGAUUGCAAAAAUCACAUUCGUGUCAUACAAUCAAUGCAGCAAGGCAACAGGCUUUAUAUCUGUGGCACAAAUGCUCACAAUCCCAAGGAUUAUGUCAUCUACGUAAGUAUCAAUUGA